GGCUCAGGAAGCGCGCAGGCAGUGGAGCUGGAAGUUUGCUGCAAAGUUGACAGGUCGUUUUAUAUGUGUACGACAUGAGCACUGGAACUGUCAGCUCUUUGUUUUCGUUUUAUUUUAUAUGCAAAUGAUCUGUUUUCGCGAAUGAAUUUAUUUGGAACUUGCAGCUGUAAGACAGGUUGAAUGUGUGGGUUAAUUACAGAUGAUAAUUAAUUGAAAGUUGCAUUAAAAAGUUUAGCAGAUGAAGAAACACGGCUACGCAAAGUGAACUCUAUACUGCUUUCAAUCCCACUUCAUUUUGGAGAUAAUUUUUGAUGCAUCUUUUGGAUAUCCAGCCCAGAGAAUGUGCGUCUAGCAUGGCCCCGGCUCGGACUACCGCGACGCGUGGCGCGACAUGGCGUGUAAAUUACCGGGGAACACCCCCGUGUCCGGUAAGAGCAUCCUGAGGAGGUGUGCGGUCAUGCUGGUGUCGCUGCUCGCCUCCUUCUACCUGCUCCACAGCCUGACGCAGCUCGGCGGCUCCGCGCUGCGCUCACCGGUGUCCGCGUCGGUGUCCGCGUCGGAGCUCGUCGACGCGUCGGAGGCGCCGCUGCGGAGGAAGCGCGUGCUCCACCGAUGGGUCGUCGGCUCGGUUGCUAGGCAGCGCUUCGACGGCGGAGGUGACGCGCCCGGACCGCAGGUCCGCGACGCCGCGCUCGGCUUUCCGUCAGCCCCCGGGAAGCUCCGGCCUCUCGGUGACGGGACCAAGCGGCUGCCGCAGGCCAUCAUCGUGGGCGUGAAGAAAGGCGGCACGCGCGCGCUGCUCGAGUUUCUCCGCGUGCACCCGGACGUGAGGGCGGCGGGAGCCGAGCCGCACUUUUUCGACCGUUUCUAUGACAACGGAUUGGCGUGGUACAGAGACCUGAUGCCCAAGACCCUGGAGGGUCAGAUCACCAUGGAGAAGACACCCAGCUACUUUGUGACCCGUGAAGCUCCAGCUCGGAUCUACUCCAUGUCACGUUCCACCAAACUCAUAGUGGUGGUGAGGGAUCCGGUCACCCGGGCCAUCUCAGACUAUACACAGACACUGUCAAAAAAGCCAGACAUUCCCUCCUUUGAGAGCCUGACUUUCAAAAACAGGACUACAGGCCUUAUUGACACCUCAUGGAGCGCCAUCCAGAUCGGCAUCUACGCCAAGCACCUGGACAACUGGCUCCAGUUCUUUCCCAUGCAUCAGAUCCUGUUUGUGAGCGGCGAACGGCUGAUCAGUGACCCAGCUGGAGAGCUCGGCCGUGUGCAGGACUUCCUGGGACUCAAGAGGAUCAUCACAGACAAACACUUCUAUUUUAAUGAGACCAAGGGCUUUCCAUGCUUGAAGAAGGCUGAAGGAAGCAGCAAACCUCACUGCCUGGGCAAAACCAAAGGCCGAACUCACCCCAACAUCGACCCUGAGGUGGUGCAGAGGUUACGAGACUUCUAUCGGCCCUUUAAUAUGAAGUUCUACCAGAUGACUGGAAGGAUAUUUGGCUGGGAUGACUAACUUUGUGAAGUGUGAGGAAAGACCAUACACUAUGAUUGCUUGCAGUUCCACUCAGUACAAGAAAUACACCAGUAUAGAAAUGAAGUUUAGUGGACCCUUAUGUUCUGUUCAUUUCAUAAUGUUUCUAUGAUACAUUGAUAAUAUUUACGUUUAUGUAUUCAUCCUACACUUUUUUCCAAACAGAGGGCCCAACAGUGGCAGCAUGGUGAUCCCGAUCAUUAACACAGAGCCUUAACCAAUAAAACACCACUGCCCCUUACACGCUUGCCUCAGUUUCAGUAACGAGUAUGUAACACCAUUUUGAAAAAUUCUGUUUGGAUGAGCAUGACUCAUUUAAAAACAAAUUGGAACACUUGCAAAAAAAUAUUGUUCUAACUUAAACUUUGUGUUUAGUCCAAUUUCUUUAAUGAGGGUAAGAAGAUCAAGUAAAAGUGUUAAACAUAACUGUUCUUUAUCAUUUUAAUCACUUUCAUAUUUCUUUCCAGUCUUAUUAAUAUUCCCUUUUGUGCACACAAACCAACCAUCAGAAGGUUCCCCUGAUGCACUUUUAGGAAAAUGGGUUUCUCAGAGGUUCUUUGGAUAGUUUGGAUAGUUUGGCUAGAGGAUCAUUAGCUUGCUAAAGAGGAUCUACUUGGAAUCUUCUUUCUUUGAAAGGGAACCCUCCAUUGUAAGAUUCUACAUGGAAUAAAAAACAAACCAAAUUGUAAAGGUGCUAAAUGGGAACGUUUUAAAACUUGUAUGUGUGUAUGGUAUACUGUAAUAUUGUAUUAUAGCAAAUAAUUGAGAUUAAGGUAUAUUAGAUGUUUAAUUAUUUUUAAAUUAAUUUCUAAUUAAUGUCUAAUUAAUUUUUACAAUAGUAUAUGUAUAAAAGCUAAACAGAUGCUUUGGGUGAAUGGGACAUCCAGUGAACAGAACGUGAGGGUUAAGUGUAUGUCAUUGAUCUCAUCAGCAACAGAGACCUAUGCAAUUCUUUAUUACUUAUGUCCAGUCCAGUCCAGAUUAUCCAGAUUGGUUAUUUGCAUGGUGCCAGGGGUGAGGAUGUCGUUCUUCUUCAGAGGUUCCAUCUGCCCACCACAGAUUGAAGUUCUCCCUACCCUAAACACCCUUGGUGGCUCAUUAUGGGCUUACUAAUUAGCUAGUUAGUUGGAUCAAAUGUGUAUUCAGUAACCACUUUGUUGUGGUGAAUCCAGAGCCUAUUCCAUGAGCACUGACCAUGAGGCAGGAAC